UGGAUUGGAAAAUUUCAGUUCUUCAGUUUCCAGCCAGAAAAAAAAAAUUGUCCCGUUUUUCUCAAAAAAUCCUUCUACCACACUCAAAAUGGUGUUUUAUUUCACAAGUAACGUUGUCCUUCCAUCUCAUCUUAUCUACAUGGGAUUGGAUAAACAUGAAAAUGAGGAACUCAUAAAAUGGGGCUGGCCAGAAGAUGUUUGGUUCCAUGUUGAUAAACUAUCAUCUGCUCAUGUUUAUCUCAGGUUGAAUAAAGGAGAGACAAUUGACUCAUUGCCAGAAGCUGUAUUGGUUGACUGCGCCCAACUUGUAAAAGGAAACAGUAUACAAGGUUGUAAAUCGAAUAACAUAGAUGUAGUGUACACACCAUGGGAGAACCUCAAGAAGACAGCUGGCAUGGAUGUCGGACAAGUUGGAUUCUUCAAAGCUAAGGAGGUAAAAACGAUACACGUCGAAAAAAAAAUGAAUGAAAUAUUGAAUAGACUGAAUAAAACCAAAGAAGAAAAGCUAAAUGAAGACUUUCGUGGCUUGAGAGAAAAACGAGACGUAGAGGAACGAACGAGUUUAAAAGCUGUCCAACGAGACCUUAGAGAGAAAGAGAAAGCUGAAAAGAAGCGGAAACAGGAAGAAGCAGAAUUAAGAAGUUACUCAAGUUUACAUAAAGAAGAAAAUAUGACGUCUAAUCAAGAUGAUGGAAAUGAUUCUGACGACUUUAUCUAAAGUGCACCAUGUUAAAAGACACUGACACAAGGGAACGUCUGGUUUUUUGCCCGGGUGUUAUAGACUUGAGUCCAGAAUGAUGGGUUUUGUUCCAGGUGAUCUUAGCGGGCUGUGUCGGUACAAAAUGAAAUAUGAUAAUCAGCCAAAUCUUAAGCUAAAGCAAGCGAUCUUCUUUUUAUCAGAUUGAUAGUAAAUGUAAAUCUGCAUAUCUGCUUGUCAAUAAAUUUAUUUUAU